GGGGGGUGGGCGGUGCCGCGGCAUGGCGGAGGGCGGCGAGCUGCUUGUGAGUGCCCGCCCCGCCGCCUCUCCCGGCGCUGCCUCUCUGCCGAGCGAUCCUCGAGGACUACCUGCUGGUGGAAGAUGCACCUCUGCUGGAGGAGAUGGCCGAGGAGGAUGAAGAGUUUGACCUGUACAACGAGAUGACUUUUGGGUUAGACCGAGACUCCACUGAGGAGGAUGCUGCAAAACCCCAUAUGCUACUGGAGACAAGCCCUGAGCUGGGCGAAGCAGUGGCAGAGGAGACUGAGGCUGGGGAUAAACCGGAGCCCGGAGUGACUGAGCAGACCAAGGAGCUGGGAGAGCCCCAGGAGGAUGCUGAGAUGGAGCUGGAGGUCGAUUUGGAGGAAGAGGAGGAGGAGCUGGUGACUGAGGAACUGGAGGAAGAGCAGGAGCCCUGUGAGGAGCCCAAUGACCUGGGAGACCCGGCGGUGAUGAGAGCCGUGCAGAGCAAACCCACGCUGGAGAGCCAGGACUCGGCAGUGCUGGACAGCAAGAUUGGUGCUUGCUGGGCAGAGUUUGACAAAGAGGACGUGCUGGCGAUGGAUCCUGCGGAGUGGGGCUCCUGCCCCGGCAGCCUCCCGCCCCACCACAUGCUGGAGGAUAAAGCCAUCCUCCAGGUCCUGGGGAGGCCUCCACCAUCCACCAAGGUGGCCCUUGACUUCCGUGGCUCCCCUGUGCGGAGGGGCUAUGGGGGCUCUCCCCGGGUCAAGCGCCCCAACUUAAGACUGAUGUCUCCCAAGUCCUUCCCCCAGCGCUUUCUCCAGCAGCAGUCGCCUCUGAUGCCACUCUCCCCAUGCUCCCCUCGGUCCUUCACGCCGGCUCACAGACCCUCUCAGCUCUUCACUUCUAACCAGACCACAGGGUAUGCGUCUUCGACCUCUUUCCGGCCCCUGUCACCCAACAUCAGCAGCCCGCCGCAGUCUCUCACCAUGCACUUUGGACCCAUAUCUCCCUCUUUGGACCCCGCUCUCUUCUUCAGUCCAUCAGCCAGUGGCCAGCUGAACCUCAGCCUGCCCAGCCAUUUGACCCAGCUGCACCCCCAGCACCAGAGGAUCCUGACCCAGAGGCAGCAGCAAGGCGGGCGGGCGCAGAGCAUCUCCCCCAGGAAGCUGUGGUCUCCUAAUGUGGACCCUUAUGUCGGACUGAUGACCUCCAAGGAGAAGGACUGGGUUGUCAAGGUGGAAAUGAUCCAGCUGCAGAGUGAGAACAUGGAUGAUGACUACUACUACCAGACAUACUACCACCGGCUGGAGAACAGACAGGCAGAGGAGCUGCUUGGUGGGCGCAACAAGCAGGAGCCCCCCAAGCUGGUCACGCCAUUCAUCCAGAAAGUGGAGACCUAUGACUCUGUGGUGCGCAUUGCAGGCUCGCUGGGCCAGGUUGCGGUGUCCACCUGCUACAGCCCUCGCCGGGCCAUCGAUGCUGUGCACCAUGCUCUCGUGGAGGAGGCUGCGGGGAGCCACCGGCUUCGGGCGCUGCACAGGAUUGAGAAGCUCUUCCUGCAGCUGCUGGAAGUGGAGGAGAUGCAGCGGAAAAUGCCCGUGGCCCUGGAGGACCAGCAGCCCUGCUCUCGGGAGCAGAAGAGCCAAGAAGUGGAGCGUAUCUACCAAGCCUUGAAAAUCAUGGCUUGCGGCAGAGAAGAGGAGGCAGAAGAUGAAUUCUUGCAACUCCUGUGUGUACAGAAGGGCAAGAAGCUCAUGGCCCGGCUGCUGCCCCAUCUGACCCAAGAGCAAGCGGAGAAGAUCCUGCUGACCAUCACCCACCACCUGCCCUUCCUCAUGAAGAAGGAUGUGUUGGACCAGUCUCUCUCCCUGCUCUACAGCCCGUUGAACAAGGUGGUGGACGGGAUGACCUUCAGCAAACUCCUUGAGGUCCUGCAGGAGAUGACCAGGCCUCUGUCUGAGUCCCCUGAGCUCCCCCUCGCCAUGGCCUUGAAGAACCAGUUUGGGAUCUCCUUGCUCUAUUCCCUGCUGAGCCACGGUGAGAGGCUGCUGUCCUCCGACGUGCCGCUGCAGCCGUGUGGUGGGGACUUCGAGAUGUGGACGGACACGGUGUUCCUGGUCGCCCGGGAACUGUCGCAAGUGCCCAGGGCCUUGCUGGUGGAGCCUCUCUUCUUGCCCAGCAACCUUCUCUCGCUCUUCUGCCGCUACCUGGACAAGCAGACCGUCCACCAUCUGGAAGCCAAGAUGGAGUGCUCCCCGCUGCUCUCGGAGGCUGCCAUGCCGUGCUGAGCCCCGGGAGCUGGGAGCAGGAGCUGGGGCCAGUGGUGCCGGGAAUGGGCAGGGCCCGAUGCCGUGACAAGAGUUUCGAAGCGAGCACUUUCUCUGGUGCAGGGCACUCUGGGUGAACUGGGCACUGGCAGGGCUGGCGCUCGAGGGCAGAUGCCGACCUGCCCCGGUGCCUGGGAGCACAGCACGGGGAGGCAGGUAACUUAUUUUGGCCUCGCACCCAGCAGCAGUGAGUGAUGGCUCAUGGUGGGUGUCGAGGCGGGGUCUGCACAGGGGCGCUGGGAGCACCUGGGGAUGAGUGAUUUUGUGUACAGCACUUGAAAUACAAUAAAAAGGUGAUUAAUGAGCUC